GGUCCGUGUUCUGACCGACUUCUGCCAAUUCCCCAUCGUUCAGCCGCCAACCCAUUGAGCACCGGAGACAGGAGCUCUCGCCGUCGGCCGUCGCCGGCCUCUCCAACCCACGGCGAUACCCGACGCGCCGCCCGCCGUCCGUCCGCCCGCCCGCCGCGACCCUAGCCGCCGACUCUUCCGCGAGGCGCCAUUCCACUGCCCACCAACGCCGCCGCCGCAGACUGCGCAUCGGCGCCGUCCACUUGACCCGGAGUUUCAAAAUGGCUAGUGAGGACUCGAAAGAUGUGCUGAAGAAUGUGGACUGGAAAACAGUGGGCGGUGCAGUGACUACUGAAUCUAGUCAACCGGUCGUUAAGAAGCGCCUUCCAAAGAAGAUCAGACAAGUCCCUGAGUGUUAUUUUCUGCCUCGGCGAUCAUUACCUUCUGCAUUGGCAAUCUAUGGUGCCGUGUGCGCUGCUGGAGUUGGUGCAGGAAUGCUGCUUGAGGUGUGGAUAAACAAAAAGAUCAAAGAGGAUGGUGGCAUCAUCUGGGAGAUGGAUAAAUGAUGUGCAGCACAAUUUGAUUUGUUCAAACCCAAUUUUAGCAUCAUGGUGAUUGCUAGCUCCAAAGAUUUCUCUUAAGCUGCCUAAACUGUGUCUCAGAAAUAAUUUUACCCUGUAGUUCCAGAGUAUCUUUUGACGUCCGGAGAAAGCAAACUCUCUUUUCCGAUGUAAAAUUAGCACAUCCUUGUUUCUGUAUCCCUGGUUUCGUUGUGCAUGCAAGUGGUAUGACGCUUCAAACAUAGAGCCUCAGUAGGCACAACAGACUGCAAAUACCAGAGUCACACUACAUUUUGAUUCAAUAGUGCUCAUUUUGCUACGCAUAGUCACUACUGCACUUAUAGAAUCAAUUUGAAUGUUUGCGUAAUGGUCGAGGCGCAUGUUGCCAUGAGAUGUGAUUGAUGCAUGCAAAAGCAUUUGCCGUU